CACUGAACCCGGAUCGUGACCUUCUUGGCGACCCUGGUCUGCUCUGUGACAAGUGAAUGCAGCAGCGAGCAACGCCCAAUCUCACUGGCACGAACGGUGCGUCGCUGCCUGCGAGAGACUGAUUGACUUCUGCGAUUUCUCCUUUGGGUAUCAAGCCGGGGUCUCCAACAUUCUUUAUAGCAACAGCGACGACAGUCUCCCGGACCAGACUUCACUCAGGUUCCCUGCGCCUUCCGCAAUGGAUUCUGCACCCUUGUCGAAUGGUGAUGGUUCGAAGCCAGUCAUCGGGGUGUACACCAAGACAACAAUCCAGAGCUCUGUCGUUCGCUUCAUCAUACACGCUCGCAUCCGGCAUCCCAGGCUCAACGAUGUUGUCUUCGUUGGAAAUAACUUCAUUCAUGUGAAGCACGUGGGGCAUCGAGGACAUCUAUCGCACGUUGCAUUCAAGAACGAUUUCGAUUCGCCCAUACGAGACGCCGCAAGUUUUCCGCCCGAAAAGGCCCCUGACGAUGAGGACUUUCUGGUCAAAUUGGAGAAGGACAACGGUCCACUCGAAAAUCCCGCUUUUCCUUCUCAAUCGGUUGUCCUGACUCUCGAUACCGACCUCGUGUUUAUCUUCCUACAAAGUACCGGGCGUGGAGAAUUCGAGUUUGUGCAGCAAAUCGUGCCCAUGCAUAAGUACGAUCGGCUGAUCUACCAGCCUGGUCACUAUCUUGCAGUUGAUCCACAUUCGCGAGCCCUGGCUGUGUCCGCGCAGGAAAGGGAGAUCAUUAUUUACGCGGCGAAGACACAUGAACAAAUCCAACAUGAAAUCUGUGGUCGCGAGAAAGUAUGGUGUCCCGUGUCAUCUGAACGGCACCUGGCGGUUGCGGGCGUAGUGCAGCAGGUCAGCUUCCUUGUCCCACCCGACGAUGACCCCGACCGCAUCAUUCUGCUGGUGGUUGUAAUCGAUAAGGGACUCACAAAGGCGAUUCAAAUAGACUGGACUCACUCAACAGGCCCAAUACAGGCGCAGCAACACCCAGGACUACCCCUCGACGGCGCUACUGAGAUUCCAAGUCUGUUAAUAGCUCUACAAGACGCUGCUUUCCUUCUCGUCACUGGUUUCAGGAUGACGAUAUGGAAAAACAUCCUAUCUGGGUCGACAUUGGGCAACAGUCUGGCGCCGGUCGACGAUGCAAGUCAGUAUCCUGGUAAUUCGGGCUCUCUUCCUGUAUGGACAAGCUGGGCAAAGCCGCAACGCAGUCAGGCAGCUAGAUCUGCUUGCGAUGACAUUUACCUGGUUCGUGAAGAUGGCCUUGUGCUAUAUAUGAAAAUUCCGAAGAGUGAGUCCUCUCGAGUGACACAAAGUGUUGCUGGCAGUCUCGGGUGUCAUGUCGGCACCGCCUUUGCAUCCCUCGGCGGCGAGCUAGAUCCAGACAUCUUGUGCGUGGCAGGUGAUACUAGCAGCGGCCUGGUGGUCUCCAUUGGAAACUGGCCAAGCGCCCGACGCAUUGGAGAAAUGAGCAGAAUGGACACCAUGGGUAUCAAGCCGAUAGAGCUGAUCCCAAAUUGGGCAUCAGUGACGGACAUGAUUCCUUCGGAUGUUAUUCACACUAAUCGCAGUCGAAUCAAGGAGACUGACAGUAUGUUUGUCACGUCUGGAAGAGAGCCAUAUGGUGCCAUUACAGAGUUGCGUCAAGGACUUGAGGGCAUCGCUGCCGCUUUCGUGCGUCUGGACUUUUGUCAGGCUGUCACCGGUGCUUGGGUACUGCCUGAUCUGUCGAUGGGGUCGCUCAUCGUUGUACUGUCCAGUCCUCUCGAAACUACGCUCUGGAGGUUGCAUGCAGAGUUUGCGUCAUUGCCGGAUUACCAUCCAGACUCCUUGCCCAAAGACGUGACUGGAAUAUCGGCAUUUGAUACCAAGGAGAGGACACUUGUUGCAGCCAUUACGUCUGAUAAUAUCAUUGUACAAGUAACUCCAAAAAGCAUCUGCAUGUCGCAAGCUCUGCAUGCAAACUUUGAAGACACAUUCCGGCGCAGGUUGGCAGAAGAUGAAGAGAUACUGGCCGCAUCGAUCAUACCAGCUGCCUCGAAGGUGGUGGUCGCAGUGCAAUGUGCGAGAAGCUUUGGUAUAUUAUGCUACAGUGUUGCCGCUGCUGAUGACGACGCUAUGACCGCUGGGCCCCGAGUUGAUUUAACCAGCCAACCACUCUGCAUCGCGUCCACCAUGGUCAAGACCGACAUAGUCGCGCUUGCAUCGACUUCCAAUGGAAGGCUACUCAUGCUGUGCUUUGGUGACAGCAGCUCAGCACCGGUAAGCUAUGAUACAAGACUACCGCCGUCAUCUGAUCAGGCCGCCCCAUGCGACCAUAUCGUCCUCCUGGAGAGCGACAACGUCAUUUUGGCAGUCUGUGGGUUACGGAAUGGCACACUGGUAUCAUUCAUCGUUGAGCCCAAUGCGGAAGAGCCCCUAACGUAUCUCGGCACGAGCGUCGUUGGGUCGAGUACUGUUCGCCUGGCAUCCAUGACGAGCGAUCAAGCUUCGGCAGUCGCCAUGACUGGCAACAGCACCCUCUUAAUCAGCUGGAGUGGGAGGAACAGGUCGCUGCGUAUCGAAAAUAUUUGGAUCACCGACAAGGCUCACCCUGAAUUUGUCCAGGGGUCCGUCGUUGCCACUUGCCAGAUUCCAGCCGCAAGCUAUCUGUCCUCGGACGAAGUUGCCGAACAGCUACUACUCGUAUCUGGUGACAGCUUCAUCGUGAUCGGGCUCGAUAGCCAAUCGUCCACCGUGCCUCGACAACUGCCCACUAGCGGAACUCCUAACCGACUGGUAUAUGCUGAACCAUUGCGUCAUCUGGUCUGUUCAGGUAUGCGCUAUGAUGUGCGCGUUCUACCCUCGAGACCACGAUCGCCCCCCGAGGAGAGAAGGCAGCUGUGGCCGUUUAUUGACUUCAUCGCUGUGCAACGAAAUCGUCCUGACAUGGGAGAUAUAUACGAGGAGCAUUCGAGCGAGAAGUCACAAGCAUAUACCGGAUUCACGCAUGAGCUGCAGCCUGGGGAGAAGGUCAAUGCGCUGCUUUCAUGGUCCCCGCGACUGGACAGUGAGAAAAAGAUUUCGUGGAUUCUACUUGGAGGUAGUUAUCUAAGGAAGAAUGGCCUCCGCCGAGGCAAAGUGACAUUCCUGCAACCCAAAGUCAAGAGUCGGGAAGUUGUCGAUGUUACGGUCACCCGACAAGAAUACUUCGACCAAGAUGUCACUGCACUAGCGGUAUUCGAUGACAGAACAUAUGCGGUCUGUGCUGGCAACAAGGUCUAUCUCUACAGGCUUGAUGUGCAAGAGAUGAAAUGGACGCAGAUUUGCCCAGCUUUUCUUCUAGCAAGUGCUGGUGUUUAUAUGACAGUCGAAGAUGCUAACGAGGACUGUCGGCAGAUGGUCAUCACGACGGCUGCCGACUCUGUCGUAAAUCUAUGUCUGGUGCAAGGCCAAGGAGACGAUGCAUCUGCCCGGCUGCAGCCCGUGUGCCUUGGACCUCGCGCAGACUACCUCAUCAGUCACUAUGUCCUGCCACGCGCGGUCGACAAUCUUGCCUCAAAGGUGCCCAUGGUGCUGGCCGGGGGCAAGGAUGGCAAAUUGAUCGGAAUGACAAUAUCAAUAGGGAAUAAUACUGCUGCUUCUGUGGUUGGCAGCCUAUCCGCUGUUCUGCAAUUCGAAGCCCAAUUGGGAUGCUCCAUCACACGUCUACGACCCUCCGCCACCAUAGCACGAAAAGGAGAACGCCCUGCUGGACUGGCGUCAAAUCGUAUUCUCGGUUCCGCCACGGAUGGCACCAUUAUCGCUCUCGCGACUAUAGACGAAACUACGUGGCGUAAGCUCUUUUGGCUUCAGCGACUGAUUGAACGUAGCGAGCACCUCUCGCCCUACUCCCACAUGAGGCCAUUGUACUCGCCUCCGGGCGACGAUGUGAUGGUGGGAAGUGUUCGCGCUGUACCCAUCGGUUUCAGAAACAGUGGAAAUGAAAUGACAAACACCAUGCUGCAGACCACUGUCGGCAGUCUAACAGAUAUGCACAUCGACGGUGAUAUACUUGCAAGAAUUUUUCAAAAGGGAGGCGUGGAAGCUGUGCGGACCUCGAUGAGAGAUUUCGCUGCGAGGGAUGGAAGCGCGGGGAGCUGGCUGGCCGCGCAUUUGGAAGAAGAACUGCAUGCACUUGAUGAGGUGGUGGAUUUGGUGAAAAAAUUGGAUGCAUGGCUAUGAUGAUGUGAAGAUGGAACGAAGAAAUGUGCAUGUGAAAUGUAUAUGAGGGAUGGUUGCUAUGGAACGUUACGAUACCCCCAGGGAACCAGGAAUCUUCUGAGCACAGACAUUCUUAGCUUUU